AUGUCUGAAUAUGGUGAUGAUGCGGAGACAGAAAUGGGAGAGAAUCCUUUCACAGACAUCGAGGAGUACAUUGAGGAUACUAACGCCAUUGUACUGCCAGUUGUUAGAGCUGCAACAUUUAAAGUGGAACACGAUGAUGAUCCAACACAACACCUUAGGAAUUUCUUGGGUGUGUGUGCAAUGCACAAACAAAACAACGUCUCUGAUGAUGCCCUGAGGUUGAGAUGCUUCAAGUAUUCUCUAGCUGGGGGUGCGAAGAAAUGGCUCCAGAAUCUGACACCCAACUCUAUCCAUUCUUGGCCCGAACUUUUCCGGGCGUUUUUGUCCAAGUGGUUCCCUCAGAGCAAAAAGUCUGAGUUAUGGGAUAAGAUUUUCUUCUUCAAGCAGAUACAGGAAGAACAAUUGCAUGAGGCAUGGGAUCGCUUCAAAUUAUACUUGGUGAGGUCUCCAAACCAUGGUUUUCCGGAUUCCAUGUUGUUGGAAAAUUUUUAUAUGGGUUUGGAUCCCAUGAACCAAGCCAUCGCCAAGAAUGUAGCUGACGGAUCUUUCAUGGACAAAUCAUUUGCAAGAGUGACACAAAUCCUGGACAAAAUGGCAAAGCACAACCAAGCAUGGCAUUCAGAGGAUAGUACAGGAGGAAUCUCAUAUGUCUUUCCUUCCUUGAGCAACUUAAUCAAGGAAAAUCAAGAGAGAGAUCAAGUGAUUGCCGGGCUUGCAACAAAUGUAAAUGUGCUGACAAAGAUGUUUACCGAGAAUCAGACAAAGAAAGUGAACACAGUGGAAGAUAUCCAACCCAUCUUAGAUGAAAAUUUUGAGGAAGCAAAUUAUAUCAACAACCUUCAAGGAGGGUAUCAAAGGCAACCCUACCAUGGUCAAGGGCAACAAAGCCAGUGGAGGCCAAACCCGCAAGGGCAAGGCAACCAACAAUGGAGAAAUGAUCAAGGUAACUCGCAUCAAGAAAAUUGGAACAACAACAACAACUUUGCAAACCGGAGCUCCAACCUGUAUGUUCCCCCAAAAGGUCAUUAUGCAAAUCAAGGGUCGUCAAAGUGA